AUGCACAAUGCAAAUCUUCUGGUGGUACCAAAGAGAAAUGGCUGGUUUGCAAAACCUACCGAAAAGAAGACCCCUGUGAGUCCUCAUCAGCACAUGAAGGCGGCAUUUAUGGCUGAAAUGAAAGCUGAAAACAUCAAGCAGUUUCUUUACAAUUUUACACAGGUUCCUCACCUAGCAGGAACAAAGGAGAACCUGCAUCUGGCACAGCAAAUCAGAGCUGAGUGGAAGGAGUUUGGUUUGGAUUCUGUUCAGCUCGUUCAUUACGAUGUCUUGCUCUCUUAUCCUGAUGACACUAAGCCCAACUACAUAUCAAUAAUUGAUGAGCAUGGAAAUGAGAUUUUCAACACGUCAUUAUCUGAGCCUCCCCCUCCAGGAUAUGAGGCUGUUAGAGAUGUGGUGCCACCCUAUAGUGCGUUUUCAGCCCAAGGAAUGCCUGAGGGUGAGUUAGUGUAUGUGAAUUAUGGCCGCACCGAGGACUUCUUUAAGCUAGAGCGUGAAAUGGGAAUUAACUGUACAGGAAAGAUUGUCAUUGCCAGAUAUGGGAAGAUCUUCAGAGGAAAUAAGGUGAAGAAUGCUGAAUUGGCAGGUGCCAAGGGAGUUAUUCUGUACUCUGACCCUGCUGACUACUGCGCCCCAGGAACAGAUCCCUAUCCAAAUGGCUGGAACCUUCCAGGUGGAGGAGCCCAGCGUGGAAAUAUAUUAAACCUGAAUGGGGCAGGGGAUCCUCUGACACCAGGCUAUCCUGCAAAAGAAUACACCUACCGAUUAGACAAAGCCAGUGGUGUAGGUCUCCCAAAAAUUCCAGUUCAUCCCAUUGGCUAUGAUGAUGCUGAGUCACUACUGCGUAAUAUGGGAGGAUAUUCACCACCACAUAGUAGCUGGAAAGGAAAUUUGAAUGUAUCUUACAACGUCGGCCCUGGUUUCACAACAGAUUAUUCUACAAGAAAGGUGAAAAUGCACAUUCAUAGCAACAAUGAAGUAAGAAGGAUUUACAAUGUGAUCGGUGUCAUCAGAGGCACAGUGGAACCAGACAGAUAUGUCAUCCUGGGAGGUCACCGUGACUCAUGGGUAUUUGGUGGCAUUGAUCCUCAGAGUGGAGCAGCUGUGGUUCACGAGAUUGUGAGGAGCUUUGGGAAACUGAAAGGGAAAGGGUGGAGGCCAAGGAGAACAGUGAUAUUUGCAAGCUGGGAUGCAGAGGAAUUUGGUUUGUUUGGAUCGACAGAAUGGGCUGAGGAGAAUGCCAAAGUAUUGCAAGCUCGGGGAGUGGCUUAUAUCAAUGCAGAUUCCUCCAUCGAAGGAAACUACACACUGCGAGUGGAUUGCACACCACUGAUGUACAGACUGGUGUACAGUCUGACUAAAGAGAUACCAAGUCCUGAUGAGGGGUUUGAAGGAAAAUCUCUUUAUGAGAGCUGGUAUAAAAAGAAUCCAUCAAGAGAAUAUAAAGAGGUCCCGAGAAUAAAUAAACUGGGUUCUGGCAAUGACUUUGAAGUCUUCUUUCAACGUCUGGGCAUUGCUUCAGGCAGAGCACGUUACAGUAAAAAUUGGAAUGUAGAAAAAUACAGCAGCUAUCCAGUUUACCACAGUGUCUAUGAAACCUAUGAAAUUGUGGAGAGGUUUUAUGAUCCCACUUUCAAGAAUCAUCUGACAGUCGCACAGGUACGGGGAGGGCUGGUGUUUGAAUUGGCCAACUCCGCUGUGCUUCCUUUCGACUGUAGAGAUUAUGCAUCAGCUGUGAGCAACUAUGCUCACAUCAUCUAUAAUUUAUCAAGGAAUCACGAAGAGGAACUGGCAACAUACAAUGUAUCCUUUGAUGCUCUCUUUUCAGCUGUGAAGAAUUUUACAGAAGUUGCUGCUAGCUUUCAUGAGAGACUUCAACAAAUAGAUAGCAAUAACCCACUUGCUGUCAGAUCACUAAAUGAUCAGCUCAUGUUUCUAGAAAGGGCUUUCAUCGAUCCUCUUGGAUUACCUGGCAGGCCCUUCUAUAGACAUAUUAUCUUUGCUCCAAGCAGCCAUAACAAGUAUGCAGGAGAAUCAUUCCCAGGAAUCUAUGAUGCCAUGUUUGAUAUUGAAAGCAAAGUGGAUCAGCGUGAGGCCUGGGAAGAAGUAAAGAGGCAGAUUUCCAUUGCAGCCUUCACUGUGCAGGCAGCAGCAGAAACACUGAAAGAAGUAGGAUAA